CACGCAAAAACUCAACCACAUUGCUCACAUGGUCACACCUCUUAUCAAUUUUGCAUCGAUCUAUAUAUUAUGCCCUUUUUCCACUUAUCAUAACCACACAGGGCUAUAACUAUACAAGAUUUUCUUCAGAAUCAAGAACCCAAAAGGCUGGAUUUUAAUUAGGGGGUGUUAGAGAUUCUUGUGGUGUUGUUUUGAGAGUGGGGUAAAACCCAGAGGGAGACGAGCUGUAGACAACACGGCUAUACUAAGAGCAAAACCGCUUCUAAUCCAUGUCCGGGCAGUACGACGUAAGGGUUGUGUAACCGCGAGCAGCCCUUCGCCGCACGGUGGACGUGGUGCUUUGCCUUCCGAAGGCGGCAGCCCUUCCGACCUCCUCUUCCUUGCCGGCGGCGGGAUCUACUGUUAGGCUGCGUAGCGUAAUAUAUAAUUAGGUUUUUACUGUAUAAAAAUUGAUUAUUAUCUGAUUACUGUUUAUCGAAAAUAUUUUCUCUGCUUUGGUUUUGGGCUUGGUGGGAGUGUUCUUAAGUUCUUGUAAUUUGGAAGAUUAUAAAAAAGAUAAUAUUUCUAUUAAGAGAUUUAAGAUGAUGCUGAGAAUCAAGAGAGUUCCAACUGUUGUUUCUAAUUACCAGAAGGAAGAGGCGGAGGAAGGCGGCUGUGGCCGGAAUUGCCUUAGAAACUGCUGCCUUCCAGGAGCAAAGCUGCCUCUGUAUGCUUUCAAGAAGGUGAAUAAGGUUUCUUGUGAUAAUGGUUUUGUUGAUCAUGUGGAUAAAGAGGCUCCCGUUGCCUUCUUGGACUCCCUUCUUCUUGGGGAGUGGGAGGAUCGUCUGCAGAGAGGCCUCUUUCGCUAUGACGUCACUGCUUGCGAAACCAAGGUGAUUCCGGGGGAAUAUGGCUUUAUUGCUCAGCUGAAUAAGGGCAGGCACCUUAAGAAGAGGCCGACUGAGUUUCGAGUUGAUAAGGUAUUGCAGCCGUUUGAUGAGAACAAGUUCAACUUUACAAAGGUUGGGCAAGAGGAGGUGCUCUUCCAAUUUGAACCAAGCUCUGACGAUGAAGUCAGGUUCUUGCCUAGCGCACCCAUUGAUGUCGAGAAUUCACCUAGUGUCAUUGCUAUCAAUGUCAGUCCUAUCGAAUAUGGACAUGUGCUGUUGAUCCCCCGGAUUCUAGAAUGCUUGCCUCAGAGGAUUGACCGUGAAAGCUUCUUGCUUGCUCUUUACAUGGCUGCCGAAGCAGGGAAUCCUUACUUCCGAUUGGGCUACAACAGCUUGGGUGCAUUUGCCACCAUCAACCACCUUCACUUCCAGGCUUAUCAUUUAGCUGUGCCAUUUCCUAUUGAGAAAGCUCCCGCCAGGAAGAUAGCCACUACAAAUAGCGGGGUGAAAAUCUCUAACAUUGUGAACUAUCCCGUUAGAGGUCUUGUUUUCGAGGGUGGAAAAACGCUGGAAGAUUUAUCCAAUGUUGUCUCUGAUUCUUGCAUCUGUCUGCAAGAUAACAACAUUCCUUACAACGUUCUCAUCUCUGAUUCUGGUAGGAGGAUAUUCCUCUUCCCACAGUGCUAUGCGGAGAAACAGGCUCUUGGUGAAGUGAGCCCCGAGCUCCUCGACACUCAAGUUAAUCCAGCGGUUUGGGAAAUCAGUGGACAUAUGGUGUUGAAGGGGAAGAAGGACUACGAGGCGGCAUCUGAGGAAAACGCUUGGAAGCUUCUUGCCGAGGUCUCCCUUUCUGAAGAGAGGCUCGAAGAAGUGAAGGAUCUCAUAUUUGAAGCCAUUGCUUGCAAGAUUGAUGAAGACAAAGCUGUCACUCCUACUUUGAUUGAGGACUCCACUCAAUCUAUUGAAGUGCCCUUACAGGCUCCCACCCUGCUAUGGUCCCUGCCUAGCAGAAGUGCUCGGUUCUGAACCAAGAUUUGUGCUUCGAAGACCUGAUCAGUGGUCUCUUAUUAUGUUUAAUAUUAGCAGUGUGACAUGGGAGUUUCUAUGGCUUCCCUUAUGGAUAUGCCUAAAUAAUGCAAACUAGGUUUGCCAAAUGUCUUAAGUACUAUGUGUUGGCUUUGCCAAUCAACUCGCUUGUGCUUUCUGGAGUUGUGUUGAAUGAAUGUUUUGUAAGGAUUUUUAAUCAAUAGAUGGGUUUGUAUGUGUGAAUAA